UGGGCGAGCUCAAGAAGACCGAGGAAAGCGACAAAGAAAAAUGGCAUUCUUGCGAUCGAGGGACCAAACCCUAGUUCAGUCCUCCUCUUCGUGUCCUCGCAUCGACGUAAGCUACACCCAAUCCCAUACUUUCGAAUUAAUUUCGCUGCCCUUGUUUCUUUUCUCCAUCAGCGGAUCCAUGAUUCCUUCGUUUGCGCGUUUUAUUCUCGAUUUUUAUCUGGAAAAAUGGAAGAAAAAGAAAAGAAAAAGAUGACUAAUGAUGUGGAGAUGAAGGAGGUUCAAGCUCCAUUCGUCACCACUUCUUCCACCCUUUCGGCAUAUGAAGGUGAUUGCUUCCUUGAUCGAGACCGGCGCAUAUGCCAAAAAGGUGCGGCUAACCAUAAUGCUCCGCCGGAAGAUCAGGGAGCCCGUGGUCUAUGCCUUCCUUAGCUAUGCCCUUGCCCCGGGUUCUGAGGCCCACACGAGGCUCUCCUCCUAUAUUCACAAGUGGGGAGUGUGAAGUUCACUUGGCACGAUCAGGUACUCCUCAAAGAUCAUCGAAUCAAGGAGGAUGGCUACUAUAUGCUUUUGCAUUUAGCAGAUGGGCAGACGCUCAAAACGCAGGUGUUGAUAGGGUGUGAUGGAGUAAAUUCAGUGGUAGCAAAAUGGUUGGGACUGAAGAAACCAUCCUUAUCUGGGCGUUCUGCUUCUAGAGGUUUUGCUGAGUUUCCAAAUGGCCAUGGUUUCAAGCCACUGAUUUCAGAGUACUUCGGAGGAGGUUCAGAUGAGGCUUGGAACAAUGCAGCGAGAGAGGCUUUUGCUGGUUUUUCACAUGGACUUCCUCCGCUAAAGGUUCUUGGCUGCUGCAGUGGAAAAUAUUAUUGGAUUCAACGUUGGGCUCCACGUUACAGGGAGCAUGACUAAGAGUACUUCAGCGAUGACCUCAGGAGAGUCCCAACUCUCUCUCUCUCUCUCUCUCUCUCUCUCUCUCUCUCUCUCUCUCUCUCCUCUCCCAGCUAUAAGUAUUCUUUUCCUCGCCUCGCCUGCCCCCACCUUUAAUCUCUGCCUCUAAUUCAUAGCUUGCAUCAAAUGGAGGCCAUCGAGGAUGUCGUGAUCAUCGGCGCCGGAAUAGCGGGGCUCGCAACAGCUUUGGGACUCCAUACGAAGGGAGUGAGGAGCUUGGUGUUGGAGUCGUCCGAGUCGCUGAGGGCGGCGGGUUUCGGGCUCUCCAUAUGGACCAAUGGUUGGAGAGCACUGGAUGCGCUUGGGGUGGGGGACUCUCUCCGGCAGAGUCAUGUCCGCUUACAAGGAGUGACAGCUACUUCCGCAGCUUCUGGAGCUAGAACAUCAAAUUCGGCAUUUAUGGCACGAGGGAAGAUUGGGGAGCGUGAAGUUCGCUGUCUAAGGAGGAAUAUAUUGUUGGAAACCUUAGAAAAUGAGUUACCACUUGGCACGGUUAGAUACUCUUCCAAAGUUGCUGCAAUUGAGGAGGAUGGCUACUUUAAGCUCCUGCAUUUGGCAGAUGGCUCCACACUCAAAACUAAGGUCUUGAUAGGUUGUGAUGGAGUGAACUCAGUGGUAGCAAGAUGGUUGGGCCUAAAGAAACCCGCAUUUACGGGGCGUUCAGCUUCGAGAGGUUUUGCUGAGUUUCCAAAUGGCCAUGGUUUCAAACCUGAGGCCAUGCAAUACUUUGGAGAAGGCUUUCGUACAGGUUUAUUGCCUUGUAAUGAGAGAAUGGUUUAUUGGUUUUUCACUUGGACUCCCUCUGAGCAAGAAAAGGAAGUGGAAGAAAGUGCAGUGAAAAUGAAACAAUGUAUGUUAAGCAAGUUGAAGCAUUCCAAGGUGCCUGAGGAAUUUAUACGUGUCAUAGAAAUAAGCGAACUCAGCGAUCCGGUCUCAGCUCCAUUGAGAUACAGGUGGCCAUUUUCUUUGUUUUGGGGGAAUAUAAGCAAGGGAAAUACUUGUGUGGCCGGUGACGCAUUCCAUCCCAUGACCCCUGAUAUAGGUCAAGGAGGCUGCUCGGCACUUGAAGAUAGCAUUGUUCUGGCCAGAUGCUUGAGUGAAGCCCUUCUAGGGGAGCACAAUGGAGGAGCUGAAGGAGAGUACGACAACAUUAAGAAGGGCUUGGAGAAGUAUGCUAGGGAGAGGAGAUGGAGGAGCUUUCAGUUGAUUGCCACAGCUUAUAUCUUGGGUCGUAUACAACAAAGUAAUGGUGCAAUCAUGGGUUUCCUAAGGGACAGAUGGUUGUCCGGUACAAUGUCUAGGUUGCUCGUAGCAAGUGCUGAUUUUGAUUGCGGGAAGCUCUAAAACUAUUACGAUUGAGUUCUUUUAUGUCAAAAUGUAAUUGGAAGUGUAGUAGAGUGAUUAAUUGGUAUUUAAAUGUUAUAAGGGCGUCAGUAGGCUAAUCCACGACCCUGAAUUUAUAUUGUUUCGAAUUCGAUCACAUAUGCAUGCUUAAUCGACAUUAGUUAAUUGAUAUCUUGAGUUAUUUACAAGGGCAA